AUGGCUUUCUCACCACAAUUAGGGCGCCUCGUCGCCCUUCUGACUCUCCUCAGCUGGGUGAGUCCGGCCCUGGGCGCAACCAUAGCCUACUGUGCCAGCCUGCUUACAACGACGAGCAACGCCAACUCUAGUAUUUACCAGUCUGAUGGGCUGUGUUCCGAUUUCUGCCGAAGCAGCUAUGCCUACGCUAUCGUGCAAGAUAGCAACUGCUGGUGUAGUGACUACACGCCAGCCGCAGCAGUUCAAGUUGACACGUCGAAAUGUGACACGGACUGUCCUGGCUACCCCUCAGACAAGUGCGGUGGCAGCGGCGUUUACGGAUACUUGUCCUUAGGCAAGGCAGCGGCAGGCACAUUGGGAGCUGACACCUCGACGACAGCGGCGGCGGGUACGACUACGCAGGCUGUCACCGACGCAACGACCCCGGCCACUACUGUGUCGCCGUCAACCUAUGUUUCGACGGUCACCCAGGGAAACGACGUGAUUCUAAAGACCGUAACGGUCAUGCCCACCGUGACAGGCUCCACGGACUCGAGCGCUAGUUCCAACGACGUCGGUACGGGCCAGAAGGGCAUUUCCACAGGGGCAGCGGUCGGGACUGCAGUCGGCGUUCUGGGAGGCGUGGUCAUCUUUGGGGCCGUUGGAGUCUGGGUGUGGCUUCGACGCAAGAGACAGAACCAAGGAGAGACUAUGCUGGAACACCAGAAUAGCUUCCGUGGUAGUUCCGCGGGUAUGAUGAGCACGCCAAGGACAGAUUUUGCAUCGGUAUGGGAUGGCGAAGGGAACUCGAUGGGCCGCAGGAGCAGUCGGUUGAUGCCACAUGAUCCUCGCAUGGAUCCAUACGCGGCGAACAUCUAUAAUCGGUUCGACAACAAGAGCCACGAGAGUAUCAACACAUUACGUGACGACCAGGAUUACUCGAGACGAGUCCUACGAACCACAAAUCCCGACCCCACUGGAGACUGA